AUGAGCGACACAUCAACCACCACCAAGAGUUCAUCCCAAACGUUCCCGCUCGCUCAUCCGCCACCGAAGUCCUCGCAAUGUCUACGUCUCACCCCUCGUCUCCUCCUCCAAAUUCAACAGUUCACUUCCCCGGCACGCGUCAUCCCCGUUCUGGAAAUCUAUCAGCCCUCUCGACUCAGUAAAUCCGUUCCUAACGGUCUUCCCAAGCUGCACGCACAUGAUAUGUAUCUCGUGCAGAGCGAGCCAUAUUCGCAUCUUCCGUCUUCUACCGCCGCAUCAUCAGCAGUAUCUUCAGGGCAUGAUUUCCUAGGGGCUAUCUAUACUACUCCGAAACGUGGAUCUCCAAAUGUAUACCUCGUCUGUGGGAAUAUGCAAUGGAUCGCGCAAACUACGUCCCGAGGAUAUAGAUUUCAACUCAAGCACUCACCAUCUUCUUCUUCGUUUUUAUCAAAUAACUCCAACUCCACCUACACAUCCACAAACAACAACCUAAAUGAAGACGUGCCCCCUCCCCUCGAACUAACUUGGGACCGACGCCCACGAUCCCACUCCUCGGAAGACGGAACCGACAAUACCGACAGCAGAAGUAGUACCAGUAGCAGUGGCAGAUUCGUCCUCUGCAUGACUGAUCCAGACCACCCCGGCCCGCGACGACCGUGGCUAGCCAUGUUGACGAAAAAAGGGUUCGUGGUGGGUGGGUGGGAUCGGGCGCAGAGAGUCCGCUUGGCGGAGCUGCUGUCCGGUGAUGAUCAUGCAGUGUGUACUUGUUUCUUGGCGUUAGGGGUAUAUGUUGCUGCGGUGGAGGGGUGGCUAACAUAG